AUGGCUCAAUGGACAGAUCCAUCACGGACGUUUCUCAUUCAGGAGGUUCGAGGACGCCGAGUACUGUGGGACACUACCGUAAACGAUCCGAAUCUGAAAAGUGCUAAAGCGGCAGCUUUCGCUGAGAUCGCUAAUGUGAUGAGUGAAGCGUUCCCGUCAAGCACAAAGUACACAGCCGAAGAUAUCCGAUCACAAUGGAAAAAUCUCAAGGACACUUUCGUGCGAAAGUUACGAUGGGUUUCGGAGGGAAAAUAUACUGAUGAUCCUCUAAAGGAACCGACCUGGAAAUUCUAUCGGAUGUUGUCGUUUCUAGACGAUAAGGAGUCUAAACGGCUCUCCAGCGACCAUCCGAUAUUCGACAUCGCAGCGCUCCAGAGAGACCAUGGACUGGAUCUAGUGAAAAGUGAGCUCCAACAUAUCCAAUAUGACGGCAGUAAUCAAAGUGCAGCUUCCAGUGAAGAACAGAUGCUUUCCCUGUUCGCACAGGUGGGAUCCUACUCAAGUGCAGAAAAGCCUCCGACUCAGCUCGAUUCGCCGCCGUCGCCUUCUUUACCACCGGUGUCCAGUGCAGACGCGACAGCUGCAGAUAACAUCGGGACGAAGAGUAACGCUGCCUACACACAUUCCAUGGACGAGGAGGAGGAACCGAGACGGAAACGAGUAAGUGUACUCUCAUAG